AUGAGCAUCCGCACGUUCCCCUAUACCACGCGGGCACAUUGUGCUGGCAAGGAAUAUGCUAACAAGCGCAGGGGUGGUGACGAAUUUCUACUAGACCAAGGCGGCCAAGAUGUGACAGAGCUUUUUGAAGAUGCUGAGCAUAGCAAGGAGGCACGACAGCUGCUGGGAACGCUCCUGGUUGGGGAUGUUGAAGAUCAGUGCUCGCCGUUAACCACAAAACAGGGCGAACAGGACAAGGGGUCUGAUUUAUUCCACUAUUAUCUCUAUCUGGUUCUGCUUUCACUCUCUGUGUUAUUGUUGGCCUGCUUUGCUGUACCGUUUGAUACGCUGCACAAGGGCCUGUCUAAACACUCUUGA